CAAGGGUCCUUCCAAGCCGUUUUCCUCAUCCUCAAACUCGCAGUUCUCAACUGCCCGGAGAUGCCCCGCAAGACUGCCUCGACGGCCUCCAUUCACGGACCCCAGCCCCCUCCCUGGGCUGAAAAGUGACAACCGCGAAAAGAAGGGCGACUCUCUCCUGACGAGGCUUCGGGUGACAUCACAUCCUCCGAAUGCGAAAUCGGGCUCCGUGGCCGGCCCAAGGGCGCAACUUCCCCCUUUGCAUCCCCUCCGCUUCUGCGCGCCUCGGGUCGCGAGGGAGCUUCGAGCUGAACCGCGCCGGGGAGCGCGCCAUGGCCUCGCCGGUGACCGCCCUGCUCCUGCCGCUGGCCCUACUGCUCCACGCCGCGCUGGCCCUCGGGUCGAACUCGUUCCGGAUGACGCCGCCGGACGUGCAGGGGCAACUGGGCCAGAGGGUGGACCUGCGCUGCGAGGUGCGGCUGUCCAACUACGGAUCGGGCUGCUCGUGGCUCUACCAGGGGCGCGAACCUGCCGCCAGCCCCAAAUUCCUGAUGUAUAUCAGCAAAGGCCGGAUCAAGACGGCCGAGGGGCUGGACACCGACCAGUUCCUAGGCGAGAGGGCCCAGGACAGCGUCUUCGGCCUCACCCUGCGCCGCUUCCGCGAGGAGGACCAAGGCUACUAUUUCUGCUCCAUCCUGAGCAACUCAAUAAUGUACUUCAGCCCCUUCGUGCCCGUCUUCCUGCCAGCUAAGCCCACGACGACGCCCGCGCCGCCACCACCCACGCCGCGACCAUCCACGCGGGCGCCCACCAACGCGUCGCAGCCGGCGACCCCGCGCCCAGAGGAGUGCCGGCCCGCGGCGGGCAGAGCAGUGGACAAGAAGUGGCUGGACUUCGACUGUGAUAUCUACAUCUGGGCGCCCCUGGCUGGGACCUGCGCGGUCCUUCUGCUGUCGCUGUUCAUCACCAUCAUCUGCAACUACAGGAACCGAAGACGUGUUUGCAAAUGUCCCAGGCCCGUGGCCAGACCUGCAGGCAAGCCCACCUUUUCAGAGAGAUACGUCUAACAUGGCGACAGGCCCUGUGCGACAGCCACUACAAGCCUUCAAACUGAGAACUCUCUGCAUGAGGAGAGCAACAGUCCUUCCCUUUUGGUUUGUCUAGCCUUCCUUCCUUAUGUAUUCAUUGUCAUUAUUAUAUUCGUGCAGGUGGGGUGGGAAGGGUUCCUUUUUCUUUAUGUGUUUACUUCAGUUGACACAAAACAGGACUAUAUAAUGUCAAUGGUACACCGCAAGGGUUACAACACCAUUGUGCACACAUGCUGGGGUAAAGGGCGGGCAGGCCAGAGCUACCGCAAGCUGUGUUCUCAGAAUCAGGCUGUUAGAGCUGGCAGGGGGCCUCGGCCCCCACUCAGCCCAAACCUCUUUCUCACCCAUUUUACAAAGGAGGAGGCUGAAGUCCAGAAACAGGGAGCAG